AUGGAGAGGGUUUCAUCAGCAACAGCAGCAGAAGUUGAGGAUAGUCUUGAUGCUAUCUCCACUGAUCAGUCAGGCCGGUCAGGGAAAAAGAGGGCUAAAGUUUGGGCUUAUGUUGACUCGGAAAUCGUUGAUGGAAUUGAGAAGGCUGUGUGCAAGUAUUGCAAGCUCCAGUUGUCUUCUGUGUCAGGGAAAGGGACAACUCACUUGAAUAGGCAUAUUGGAUAUUAUUGUCAUCAUAUCCCUCAAGAGGACAGGGACAGAUUCUUAGCAACUUUGAAGAACAAGUCUGAUAGAGAUAAUUCUGUAUUUGAUCCUGUUGUAUUCAGAGGUCUGAUUGCAAAGUAUUUCCUUAGUGCUGAGGUUGCAUUUCGAAAAGCAGAUGAUCCUGCUUGGAAAGAGAUGAUAAAUUAUUGCCAGCCUUCAUUCAAUGUGGUGGGUCGACAAACUGUUCGUGCAGACUGUCUGAUCUUGUAUGAAGAAGAGAAAUUACAGCUACAUCAAAAGAUUACAAAGUUGAAGUCUCAUGUCAGUUUAACUGCUGAUUUGUGGUCGUCAAACCAAAAUCUGGGGUAUCUUGGAGUUACAGCUCAUUACAUUGAUGAAGAGUUUGAGCUCCAUAAGAAGAUUAUUGCAUUCAAGCAGAUCUCUUUCCCCCAUAACUCAUUUGCUGUGCAAGAUUUAAUAUGUCAACCAAUGACUGGACAACGUAUGUUUGAAUCAGACGAAGAAGAUGAUGAUUGA